AAACUACAGUUCCCAUGAUGAAUGAAAACGCUUCACUGAGAUUUGUUUUUAGCAUGGCCGGGACACAAGUUGCGCGCAAGGAAAAUUUCUUUUAAUAUAUUUUUAUUUUAUUUUUUACAUUAUUUAAAUCUUUUUAAAAGGUUCUCGCGAUCGUCUCGUUUCUCAACAACAAUCGUUUAGAGUCCAAACUGGAGUUGUUGGUGCGAUGCCGCCGGUGCACCGCGACCGAGAGAAGAAGGAGAGCGUGGCAGAGGAGAUGGAGGUAGAAGAUCAGGAACAUGAAGCAUCCAGCUCAGAGGAGGAGGAAUCUGACAGCUCCUCUGUUUCUGAGGAUGGAGACACCUCCGAAAUGGAUGAGGAAGAUUGUGAGCGAAGGAGAACGGAGUGUCUGGAUGAAAUGUCCAACCUGGAGAAACAGUUCAGCAGUCUGAAAGACCAGUUGUACCGAGAGCGACUCAGCCAGGUGAACUGCAAGCUGGCCGAGGUCGAGGCCGGACGGGCUGCAGAAUAUCUCGAUCCCCUAGCGGUACUGCUGGAGAACAUGCAGGUCCGCACUAAAGUGGCAGGUAUUUACAAAGAGCUGUGUCUUGAGUCUGUGAAGAACAAGUACAACUGUGAAACCCAGGCUGCGAUCCAACACUGGGAGAGCGAGAAACGGCUGCUGUUUGAUACGGUGCAGAGUGAGCUGGAGGAGAAAAUCAGAAGACUGGAGGAGGACAGACACAGCAUAGACAUCACAUCAGAGCUGUGGAAUGAUGAGCUGUCUGGGAGGAAGAAAAGACGCGAUGCUUUAAGUCCAGAUAAGAAGAGGAGGCGACCUUCUGUGGUUUCUGGCCCAUAUAUUGUCUAUAUGCUACCGGAUCUGGACAUCCUGGAGGACUGGACAGCUAUCAGAAAGGCUGUAGCCACCUUGGGUCCUCACAGAGUGAAGGUUGACGCUGACAUCUGCGGGUUCCCCUUCAGACCUGACAAAAACAGACCAAUCCUCAACUGCUGAGAAGUCCACAUGCAUGUCUAGAAGCACAUAAGGACCUCAGACGCAUGCAGCAUACAUGGAGACGUACGUGGGACACAAAUAUAAACGUGGCCAUUUAAAACGCCCACAUUUUAAGCCACCAAAUAAGUCUUCUGCAUUAGCGAUCCCCUCAGUUAGACGGGGCUGCUUCGGUUUAAACUCAGGCUUUUACAGAUGCAAGCUGUAAAACUUUAUUACCGGGUUUUCACUAGUUUCUGGGUGUAAAACAAAACAGGAUGAAGCUCGAAGCAAUCCCUAGACAGUUGAAGUCAUGGUGUUUCUUAAAACGUCCACACAGUUAAAAACACACCCACAAACGGUUCUUUGCAUCGUUUGACUACUUUUUUUUUUAAAGUGCAGAAGUAUUUCCAGCUACUCGGUAUGAAUCGGAUCUUUUCUGAGAAGCUGCCCUUCAAAAUAGGAGCAAUAAUAAGUCAAUAGUUGACAGCGUUAGACUUGAAUGUGCAUCCACUUGGUUCAUGGUUUUCAACAGCCUCAAAUUACAGUGUUUUGUUUUCUCUGUUCUUCAAUAAAAUAGUAUUGGAUAGAUUUUCAUAUUUAGUAAACAGUUAAAAAAAUUCCAUCUACAGAUUGGAGAGUUAUUAAUUAGUUAUAAGCUUAUUUUCUGUGCCAUUACUUAUUUUUAUAUCAUGUUCCUAAUCGUAUGACCCUGAUUACAUGUUUGAUGUUUUAGUUACCCCUUAAAAAGCUUUGUUUGAUACAGAAUAAUAAAAAUAACCACAUCAAUCAUUUUUCUUAGUGUGUCAUAGCAGAUCUCAGUGCAGAAUGUUACCACCUACCUCUUUGUUUGUACCAACCUUUGCAUACGAUGAGAGAAAUGUUGAGACAUUUAUCUUUUUUGUCAUCCACCUUUCUUUUAACAUCCUCCAAGUUUUCACCUGAGCCUCAAUAAGGACUGUUUUUUCUUAUUUUUGCAGAUUCAUUUCAUACAUGUGGGGUUUCAUGUUCAUGUGUCAGAUACAGUUGUGUCUUUCCUGAUAAGUCUGUGGAGGGGUUUUACAAAUAAAAGUUUUUACGCGCGUUUA